UUGAAACCAAAAGAGGAAGUUAAAUUAUUUUGGAAAAUCUACGUACUCACUAUAGGCAAUUAAAUUUCAGUUUUACGUAAAGAAAACAGGAUGUUUCAUACACCAGAUUACUAUCACAAUAUAUCCAUGAGACUUUCUGAGGUCCUGGACGAUAUUGGUGUAAAUGAAAAUAUGGUGAUGAAGAGGAGGAGGACAUAUUUACUGAAAGAAACCGUGGACAAUAUCAUAAACAGAGCAACUAAAGAACAAAGAACUGAUUAUAUGUUAGGCAGUCGAUCAGAAGGUACCACAACAGCAGGACUGGAAUCAGAUGCUGACAACCUUCUCUGUGCAGAUGAUGUAUUUGUUAUACAGGACUGGUCUGAAUGGUCUCCUGGUAAAGUUAAGUUCCUGAUGAUGAUUCAGAAUGAAACAACACCACCUGGGUAUUGUCUUCUACAGGAGCUUAGACAGGAUGCUCGGCUUCCUGAUACACAUGAAACGGGCAAUAACUUUGUAAUGGAUACACAUGGACGGAUAUUGUGCAAGAAUACAAUAAUAGAUGAUGCCUUGCUAGAAGGAUGCCGGCGACAAGGACCAUCAGUUGCAAUAGCAGAACACCUAGGUACUUUUGCUAGUGACAUUGUAGUAGCAUUUCCUUGUAAAUCAUGGCCCCAGUCAUCUAGAGCUUGCCUGGACAGGCAAGAAACAAAUUCAUGGCCAACAGCAGAAAUGAAGAGAUAUGAAAAAACUACACUAUGUUAUGUUGUUGGUGUUGGAAGCAAAGUCAGUGAAAAUGCAGACUUUGAAUGGAGAAUUUCUACCUCAUUAGCUGAACGGUGCCUAAUGUUCAAUUUAAAUAUUACCCAAAUAAGAAUUUACAUCUUAAUGAAAAUGAUUCUUAAAACAUACAUUAAUGUUGAAAGUCUUAAGAGUGAAAGUUACAUUUCAAGUUUCAUGUGUAAAACUGUUUUGUUUUACUGUAUAGCAAGUAAACCUUCAAAAAUAUGGAAGGAAUGUAACAUUUUAAACUGUUUAAAUGUCUGUAUACAAACACUGAACAGAUGUAUAUUAGGAGGAAAUUGUCCACAUUUCUUUGAUCGUGAAAAUAAUUCAAUGGCAGGAAAAAUUUCUACUGUAGUCAAACAGCAGUUACUUAAAAGAAUGUCAAAUUUGAUACCAUGUGAUGAAACUUCACUUUUUGGAAUUCAGAUUGAUGACCUCGGUGAAAGACUUCAGAUUAAGCUAAGUAUGAUGAACGAAGUACAACAUGACAUACUACAGCCAGAGGAGUACACUAUGUACUUAACAGCUGGUUUAUUACAAGACACAAUUUGGAAUAUUUCAAAUUCCCAUAAUGAGCUUUUUCAUAGUAUAAAAGAUAUAAGUUUAGAAAUGAAAUUGAUAAUUCUGUUUAACAUAGUGCUACAUUUGACAAGAUACUACAGAGAUGGUGACAUGUUAGAAAAGACAGCAUGUAGACUUCAAGCAUCUGUAUAUUGUACCUCAAUAGGAUCUCUGAAAGCCUCUCAGAACAUUCAAAUUAACAGAACAGUUUCUCGUCAAGCAUUUGACUGGCUUGAAGCAGGACUGGACACAGAUGUUGCUUCAAGCAGACUAAAGUUAGCAUCUAUAAUGUAUUGUAUUGGAGAUAUGAAAAGAGCUGCUUAG